CCCGCCUCCUUUCCGUAGUGCGUUUUCUUGGCUGGGCCAAAUCUCUAACGGUGUAUCAAGGAAAGGCACAGGGUCUUCGCUCCUGCUUAUAAGCGGUCGCUCCAAGUGAAGUAGCAAACGCAUCGCUAUCCAGAUCCAGUGGUUUGCAUUCAUACGACGUAGAACGUCCAGUCUAGCAACCACCACAGCAUCAACCAUACACCAUAUUCUUCAUCAUGGCCCCGCCGACGACGAUCGUUGCCAUCACUGCCCUGGCAGCUACGAUUGGAGCCCAGAUCGCGUCCGCGCAGGACCUGCCAUCGACUCAGUAUGCUCGUGUCGGCGCUGCUAGCGUCGUGGUAAACAACAAAUGGUUGUUGAUUGGCGGUGCUCCGGCUUCUGGCUCAGGUUCGGCCUAUGCGCGUGCACUUCGAGCCAUUGGGUCGAACAUCACCUCUUUCGACUUUUCGACGAAACAAGUCGCGUCCAUCCAGUCCGCUGCCUCAAGGAGCAGCAGUGGUACAGCCAACCGCCUAACAGUGGUGGGCCAGACUUGCGAAUACGACAAGUCCGGUGACAAGGUGUACUGUUUUGGUGGUCAAUCGGUUGGGUCUAAAAGCUUCGCGUCUGGAAUUGCGACGUACGACCCCACUAGCAACACAUGGGGCGGAAACACCAACACUGACAUCGUCCCACGGAGCAAUCACUCGUCGGUAGCUCUUGGAAAUGCGUUCUACAUCUUUGGAGGACAAGGAUCUUCGUCGAUUCAAGGAGACUUGCACAAAGUCACUUUCUCCAAUCUGCAAGCCGAACGGCAGUUCACCGACUCCUGGCCCGCUGGAAGGACCGAGCACUGUGCCACUGCGCUCAACGACACUGCUUUCAUCAUCUUUGGCGGCGUCGGAGAUAGCAACAAACUCCUCAACGACGCCUGGGUUUACUCUACCAUUUCCAACAACUGGGCUGAAGUGACUUCUUCCAUCAGUGGUGUGAAUCUGGCGAGGAGGGGAAGAAGCUGCGUCAAAGUUGGAAGCCAAAUUGCGUUAUUUGGUGGGGUGGACGACCAAGGGCAGGAGCAUGGUGACAUCUACCUUCUCAGCAACACAACUCUCAAGGUCACAUCUUCCUCCAACACCUCCCCAUCUCGUCGCUCAACCCGCCCAGCGCGUCUUCUUAGUCGCAAUUCCAUCCACCGCCGGCAAAGCUCCACCGCAUCGCCCGGUAACCGCGCCGGUGCUCAAAUUGCAAACAUCGCCGACAAGUUCGUAGGCAUCGCCGGCGGUCAAGGUGCCACCAACCCUGUCGUCAACUUCUUCAACAGCGCCGCUUCGGGUGGCAGCGGAUGGGCGCCCAGUACUUCAUCGCUCGGGAACUUGUUGCAGGCCGCUAAUGCGGCCUCGCCCGCGUCUUCUGCGGCUGUCUCGGCGCCCUCCACCUCUGCCGCCGCCGCGGCUGUUGCAAGCUCUGCUACUCCAGCUGCUCCAGCUGUUGCACCCUCAUCAUCACCUGCCGCCACUGUCGAAACCUCUUCAGCGCCCGCUGAAUCCUCACCUACUGCAGCAGCGCAAACCGGCUCCGACUCUGGCAACAACGCUGUUGUCCCUCUUCCAGUUGUUGCUGGCAGCGGCGGCGCCGCAUCGUCUGCAGCACCAGCUGAAUCUUCACCGACUGCAGCAGCGCAAACCGGCUCCGACUCUGGCAACAACAACGUCCCAGUCCCUCUUCCAUUUGUUGCUGGCACCGGCGGCUCGUCAGACCCGAGCACCGUUACCUCCGCCUCCACCGUUUCCGUUCAAACUCAAAACACGCAAGACCCCCGCGCCGCCCGCGCGGACUACCAAAGCAAGGCUCUUGGCGCUCUGGCCUUCUCCAUCAUUGGCGGCAGUGCUUUGUGCUGCCUUCUUGGUGCGUGGGCGGUGCGUCGACGUGAAUUGAAACGAAGGUCCAGUGGGUACUAUGACAAGGAUGGACACCGCCAUCACGCAACUGGGCACAACGGAUACCGUGACACCUCCAGCGAGCAGAUGAUCCAGAGGUCGGCUCCAGCAAGUGAUAGUCCAUCUUCCCGAGCGGCUACUGCAACCGCCGGUGGUGCGGCGACGGGUGCGGCCUUGGCUCACUACAGCAAUCAGCAACAUCCCGGCCAGAAGGACAACAGCUUGAACUCGCAAUUCGAGAACAAGGUGGCACAGGGCAAAGCGCACACCCCCGGCGGAUCGUCUACCGCCGGAGCCGGAGCAGCAGCCGCCUCCAGCCACCGCAAAGACCACUCCUUUGAUCAGAACAAAGAUCUCCUGAACGAUUUCGAAAACCGCGCCGUACCUCUGGCAAAAGGAAAGAACGACCAGGUUGCCGCAGGCGCUUCCGCCUCCCGCAGCUCUGCCCCGGGAUCCGUGAGGAACCAGCCGGCCACCCCACACCGUUCCGACUCUCGCCGCCGCGCCCACUCUCCGCUCACUGGCGCCGCCCUCAACUCGGCGUUCGCGUCCCACCCCGGUGGUGAUAACACCGGCGAUGCGGACUCUCCCGUCCCGGCGUCUCCGGCAUCGACACAUAAAAGGUACAAGGUUCUCUGGAACUCGACCCCCUCGCAACCCGAUGAGAUUGAGGCGAGUCCUGGCGAUAUCGUGCAAGAGAAACGGAUCUUUGCCGAUGGGUGGGCGAUGGUGAGCAAUUUGAACAGAGGAAAGGUUGGAAUGAUCCCUUUGAACAUCUUGGAGGAGAUCAAGGAGACCCAAUGAUCCGCAUCGAUCCCUCGGGUUCUGACCUUUUCUCAGCUUCUUGUACCCAUUCUAUGUGCUCGACUUUCGUUGUGACCCGA